CCUGAGGAUCAUCCCUCAGUAUCCUCCAAUCUACCAUCAUGGGUCUCGACAACAUCAAACACGUUGUACUUGUCCUCUCCGGAAAAGGAGGUGUUGGCAAAUCUAGCGUCACCCUUCAACUUGCGCUUUCACUCACCCAACAAGGUCACAACGUUGGAAUCCUAGAUAUCGAUCUGACAGGCCCCAGUAUACCUCGUCUCCUCAAUCUCGAAGACAAGAAGGUCACUCAAGCGCCCGGAGGCUGGCUGCCGGUCAAGGUACAUGAUGCAAGAGACGGACAGGUAUCAAAUAUCAACGGCGAACCGUCGCCGUCUGCCUCAAAGCGCGGAUCUCUUCACGCCCUGUCUCUCGCCUUCCUCCUACCAUCUCGUUCUUCCGCUGUUAUAUGGCGUGGUCCGAAGAAGACUGCUAUGAUAAGACAAUUCGUCUCAGAUGUCUUGUGGCCACCGAAUACAGAAUACCUUCUUAUUGACACACCACCGGGUACUAGUGAUGAACAUAUCGCCAUAGUGGAGGAGUUACAUAAACUCGCUGCUGAAGUGCGGCCUGUCACAAACUCAAAUGGCAAUGGAAUGACUUUGCACAUCGACCCACGUCCCAAACUUUCUGGCGCAGUGGUGGUGACCACGCCUCAAGCUAUCUCUACUGCCGAUGUCAGGAAAGAACUCAACUUUUGUGCCAAAACUCAAAUACCCGUGCUUGGAGUCAUUGAAAACAUGUCUGGAUAUAUGUGUCCCUGCUGUGGAGAGAUCAGCAAUGUCUUCAGUAAAGGCGGCGGAGAAGUCAUGGCUGAAGAAGCCAACAUUCCCUUCUUGGGAUCCGUGCCCAUAGACACCGGCUUUGGUGCGUUGGUUGAGGGCGUCAACGAAGAGCAUAACUCAACCACUCAGUCCGGUACAGCCAAUUCCUCGCCAGAACAGCCCACGGAGCUUGUUGAAAAAUACAGACAAUGCGGGCUAUGUCCCAUCUUUGCAGAGUUCGCAACAAAAAUCAACCAGAAGGUGUGAGGGCUGGACAACUCUUGAGGAACGGCCGAUCGACUCAACUACGAUACCAGGCCUUUAUGGGCCCAACGGUGUGUCGGGCUCAUUGGAUAGGAGUACAGCAUCAUCAUGGCAAGCAGACUACGCUCUCCUGGAUAUAUCGUGUAAUGAUACUGUCUUGACUGGGUGCAAAACAAACUGCCGCUUGAAUCGUCGAAGCGGCAGUUGGACCUCGUAUCCGAAAGGAGUCUCUUCUGCCACACUGUUUGUCGUCGAAUGGCACCCUUUACACGAAUUACCCAGGAGACCGUGGAAGGUUGAAGACAAAGCAAAAGCAAUGCGGCGCCCGGACGGCUCGGCAAGAAAUUGUCUCACCAGUUGAGAUGUGACCUGGCUACUAGGGAUUAUACAUCCACGUCUACAGAGCCAUCUCUCAUGCCGGUCCGCUUUCCUAGGUACUAGCCAGCGUUUAGUGGAAGAAACGCGGGAGAAGCAUUGAGGUGUUUACAGCCUCUUGGUACUUGUCACGGUUCAUGAGGAGAGAACGUUGCAACGCGGCUCAUUGUUGACUGCAAAGCCUUGUGUCCUUGGCAGCGGUUAAAGCAUGGGUCACAUCAGUCGGGUAUUCAUCAAGCCCUAUCUCAAUGAUUCUGGUCGACCCCAUUCGAGGCAGCUCCAUUCGUGUCCUGGUGACCAUUCGGAUAAGAGUGCGUCUCCUGCUGUCGGACUUGCCAUGGUAAUGGGUCCUUGGCUGGCUGCGCAGGGCCUACAUCUCCCGCCUCUGACCUCCUCCUCAUCCACUCGUCAAUAUCUCUCUGGUCCACAAAAUUUCCAUGCAAGCCCAACUUCAAUUUGAACGGUAAAUGAAUCACCGCAACAGGUCCCUGAGCCACAUUGAGAGCCUCCAGAAUUACGAUCUCGUUUCUCAGCACAUCCAGAUGAUUGAGCAAGGCGAUGAUAUAUCCCUCCCCUUCGCCUCCUCCCUCUUUUGGAAUGAACGACGGUUCUUGGAACGUCGCUGUUGGACCUACGAAGAACACAUCCUCCGUUCGGCCAUCCCACGUGUAGUGGCCAACACAAUUGAAUAGUCCACCGGCUGGCGGACCACAUUUUAAGAGGUCGUAUGGCUUGGUCGGGUCGACUUUAGCCUGCCAGAAGUGAUUGUACUUCUUUGUCACGUAGCGAUCAUCGAUGCGCGAGAACUCGCCGUUGGUCAUCCACGUCUCUGAUGGAUUCACUCUCGUCCCUGACUUGGCUUUGGGAUCGAAAAUCCAUCUGCAGGUCGGACUGCUGAGCUGAUUGCGCUUCGUGAGCGGAGCCUCCUCCUCAUCCACGGGCGGGAAGAAGAAGAAGACAUUACCAUCUGCUACUGUUAGAUCGAAAAUGAUGUGACCUUCUUCGUUCUCGUAGCAGCCGGCGAUAUGGCCGUGAAAAGCUGUCAAGUCUUGUCAAUUGAGUUCUGUGUGAGCUUCGGCAGGCUGAAUGCUUACCGUUGUCGGCCCUGAACCACACAAUAUCCUCUGGCUUCCCAUCUCGUCUCGGCACGACGCCGUACCACUGAUCCUCUUUAGAAUCCCACGCCCAAUGAUUUUCUCCCUUCUUCAGCCUGUCCAUCCCCGUCCACUUGAUUGGCGUGAGUGGGAGCACCAGAUAAUUCUUGCUGAUUCCGCAAUCAUGAAUCAUGCCGCAAAAUGGUGCCUUGUACCAACAUUCCUCAGUCUUUUUACCGUCACGAUCGAUCGUCCAUACGACGAUAUCAUUCGACCCGUCGUGUCCGUCGCCGCCAGCCUCAUAUGCGAAACACAACAUUUCCCCCGUGUCUGGAUCGAAUUUCGGAUGAGCCGUGAACGUAGGGGUGAGAAUUUGGCCUUCAAAGUCAUACCGCCCUAUCGUUUCGAGUGUGACUGGAUCCAUGAUAUAGGGUGGCCCAUCCUCCUUGGACGCGAGGAGUACGCCACGCCAGAAGGUGAUGUUUGUGUUCGCUGCGGUGCGGAUCACUCCCUUGACCGUCUCAUUAUCCGUGUAUGGGUUGCGGUAGCGGCCGAACAGCGCACGCCGAGCGGCGGUUUCCACUUGGUAUCUGUCCGUCUGGACAUAGCGCUGUUUGAAGUCCGCAUGGCCGUUGGCAAUCCGAAUGGCUGUGACACUGCCGUCGCCGUUCUACGGUGGAGCGGCAUAUCAGAGUGUUGAUCCUAUCCGAAGCAUGACAAGGGACAAGACGGAAAUGUAGAGGAAUGUGCUUACGAAAUGGAUGUCAUCUUCGAAGAUGGGCGGGAAGCGGUGGUCGGGCUGGAUCCGGUAGAAUGUGCCGUCGAUCUCGGGAGGGAUAGUGCCAUCGAAUUCAAGGUCGAAGAUGUCCCCUUCGAGGCGGGAGGGCUUGUUGAAUCCCUGGAAUACGCCGGUAGAUGGGUAGACGACACGGUCGGAGGACCUGAUCCCGUUGGUAUAGUUCGGGAGGGAUAUUUGAGGGGCAAGGUCGAAUAUAUGUGCCAUUCUCCCAGGGUAGUGCCUCUUGCACUAUUGUCUGAUCGGCUCAAGUGUGAG